ACAAUUAAGGAAUCACUAUGGCGCCGGCAAGGCUCAAAUAUAAAGUAGAAUCAUUCUUAUCUCACCUGGCAUUGGCCAUUUCAGAGAAUGCUGCUCCUCUCUUUCUCUCUGUCACUCUUCUAAACCACAGAGCUGAAAAAAUGGCAGGCAAAAGCAUGUUUCGGUAUGCUGAUGGCUUCGACAAGUUUCUGAUGUUUUUUGGGACUUUGGGCAGCAUAGGAGAUGGAUCACAGAUCCCUCUCACGAUGUUCCUUCUUAAGGAUGUAAUCAAUGCUUAUGGAGACAAGAACAGUGGCUUGACAAACGAUAUGGUUGACAAGUUUGCACUGCGUCUACUUUACGCUGCAGUUGGCGUCGGACUUUCAGCCUUUGUGGAGGGAUUGUGUUGGGCAAGAACAGCAGAGAGACAGACAUCUAGGAUGAGAAUGGAAUAUUUGAAAUCUGUGCUUAAACAAGAAGUUAGUUUCUUUGAUACCCAAACCGGUUCGACGACUCACGAGGUUGUCUCCCUCAUUUCCUCCGACGCCAGUUCAAUCCAAGUCGCCUUAUGUGAAAAGAUACCUGACUGCCUUACUUACAUGUCAACAUUCUUCUUCUGCCACGUAUUUGCCUUUAUAGUAUCGUGGAAAUUCACCUUUGCAGUCAUCCCGCUCUCGGCCAUGUUCAUUGGUCCAGGGCUUGUGUUCGGCAAGAUUAUGAUGGACCUGAUAAUGAAAAUGAUUGAAUCUUAUGGUGUGGCUGGUGGGAUUGCAGAGCAAGCAGUAUCUUCAGUAAGAACUGUAUAUUCAUACGUAGGAGAAAGGCAAACACUGGAAAAAUUCAGCCAAGCACUCCAAAAAAGUAUGGAAUUUGGGAUUAAGUCCGGUUUGGUGAAGGGAUUGAUGCUUGGAAGUAUGGGAAUCAUUUAUGCUGGUUGGGGCUUUCAAGCUUGGAUUGGCACUUAUUUGGUCACCGAGAAAGGAGAAAAAGGAGGCAAUGUUUUUAUAGCUGGUUUCAACGUUCUAAUGGGAGGGCUGAGUAUACUGAGUGCAUUGCCUCAUCUAACCUCGAUCACAGAAGCAACAUCUGCAACUGCUCGUAUCCUUGAAAUGAUCGAUCGUGUUGCUGAGACAGACAGAGAAGACAAAAAGGAGAAAGCUCUAUCUCACGUGAAAGGAGAAAUCGAAUUUCAAAACGUAUAUUUUAGUUAUCCGUCAAGGCCAGAUACGCCUGUAUUACGAGGAUUCAAUCUAAAGGUUCCAGCAGGGAAGAGAGUAGGACUCAUAGGAGGAAGCGGAUCUGGGAAGUCCACGGUUAUCUCACUGCUUGAAAGAUUUUAUGAUCCUACUGAUGGAGAAAUAUUCUUAGAUGGACAUAAAAUAAAAAGAUUUCAGCUAAAAUGGCUAAGAUCUCAAAUGGGUCUGGUGAAUCAGGAACCUGUUCUAUUUGCAACUUCAAUAAAAGAGAACAUAAUAUUUGGAAAAGAUGGAGCUUCAAUGGAACAAGUGAUAAAUGCAGCUAAAGAUGCAAAUGCACACGACUUCAUCGUUAAGCUACCAGAAGGUUACGAUACUCAAGUCGGUCAGUUUGGUUUCCAAAUGUCUGGAGGUCAAAAGCAACGAAUUGCGAUAGCAAGAGCUCUUCUUCGGGACCCAAAAAUACUGUUACUUGAUGAAGCAACCAGUGCACUGGAUGCACAAUCUGAACGAAUGGUACAGGAAGCAAUUGAUAAGGCAUCAAAAGGAAGGACGUCGAUCACCGUUGCACAUCGUCUUUCAACAAUACAAACGGCACAUCAAAUUGUAGUUCUUAAAGCUGGGCAAGUAAUUGAAUCGGGUUCACACGAUGAGCUGAUGCUGUUGAACAAUGGACAUGGUGGGGAGUAUCUAAGGAUGGUGCAGUUGCAGCAGAUGGCAGUGCAGAAUGAAACUUUCUACGAUUCCAAUAUUGAAAUGGAUAGAAGAUAUCGCCAUCGGAUGAGUACUCCCACAAGCCCAAUCAGUGUGAGAUCCAGUGGAUAUAGUACUCCAGUAUUAUAUCCCUUCAGCUCAGCAUUGUCCGUCUCCAUGGGAACACCCUACUCUUACUCCGUCCAGUUUGAUCCCGAUGAUGAAAGCUUUGAAGAAGAUAAAAAACAUCCGGCUUAUCCUUCUCCUUCCCAGUGGCGUUUACUGAAAAUGAAUGCACCGGAAUGGGGACAAGCACUGCUUGGAUGUUUAGGUGCUUUAGGCUCAGGAGCGGUGCAACCCAUUAACGCGUAUUGCGUAGGAGCACUCAUAUCAGUUUAUUUUCGUGCUGAUGAGCCCAACAUUAAGUCUAAAGCCAGAAACUUGUCACUUAUCUUCUUAAGCAUUGGCAUUUUCAACUUCUUAACAAAUAUCCUGCAACAUUACAACUUUUCAAUCAUGGGAGAAAGACUAACGAAGCGGGUGCGUGAGAAAAUACUCGAAAAGCUUAUGACAUUUGAAAUUGGAUGGUUCGAUCAAGAUGAGAACACAAGUGCAGCCAUUUGUGCAAGGUUAUCAACUGAAGCCAACAUGGUCCGUUCCCUUGUUGGAGACAGAAUGUCAUUACUGGUCCAAGCAAUUUUUAGUGCAGCCUUUGCUUACACUGUGGGACUUGUGCUCUCAUGGAGAUUAACUCUGGUGAUGAUUGCAGUACAGCCACUAGUCAUUGGUAGCUUCUAUGCAAGGAGUGUAUUGAUGAAGAGCAUGGCUGAAAAAUCCCGAAAAGCACAAAGAGAAGGCAGCCAACUUGCAAGUGAAGCUGUAACGAACCAUAAAACUAUCGUUGCAUUCUCGUCUCAGAAAAAGAUACUCGGGCUCUUUGCUGCCACCCUUAAAGCUCCUAAGGAAGAAAGUGCCAGACAGUCUUGGAUAUCUGGCCUUGGCCUAUUCAGUUCCCAGUUCUUUAACACAGCUGCAACAGCUUUGGCCUACUGGUAUGGUGGGAGGCUAUUGACACAAAACAUGAUAUCCUCAGAGCACAUCUUCCAAGCAUUCUUGAUAUUGCUAUUCACCGCAUAUAUCAUAGCCGACGCUGGAAGUAUGACUUCCGAUAUAUCUAGAGGAAGCAAUGCUGUUGGAUCAGUGUUCGCAAUCCUAGACAGGAAGACUGAAAUCGAUCCCGAUCACAAAUCAAGACGGGAUCUCAAAAGACGGUUAAAGGGUAAAGUGGAGCUCAGGAGUGUUUCAUUCUCAUAUCCAACAAGACCAGAACAGAUAGUUUUAAGGGGACUGAGCCUUAAAAUUGAUGCAGGAAGAACAGUUGCCCUGGUGGGACAAAGUGGCUCAGGAAAAUCUACUAUUAUUGGACUUAUAGAAAGGUUUUAUGACCCCUCAAGUGGGUCUAUACACAUUGACGAACAGGACAUUAAGAACUACAAUUUGAGAUGGUUAAGGUCACAAAUAGCAUUAGUCAGUCAAGAGCCAACUCUUUUUGCUGGAACUAUCAGAGAAAACAUUGCCUAUGGAAAAGAGGAAGCAGGGGAAUCAGAGAUCAGACAAGCAGCUGUUCUUGCCAAUGCUCAUGAGUUCAUAAGUGGAAUGAAAGAUGAGUAUAAUACAUACUGUGGCGAGAGAGGAGCGCAGCUAUCAGGCGGGCAAAAGCAAAGAAUCGCACUGGCAAGAGCGAUCCUGAAGAACCCAUCAAUCCUGCUGCUAGAUGAGGCAACAAGCGCGCUCGACAGCGUAUCAGAGAAUUUGGUGCAGGAAGCCCUAGAGAAGAUGAUGAUAAACAGAACCUGCAUAAUCGUCGCCCACCGCUUAUCGACGAUUCAGAAAGCGAACACCAUCGCCGUGAUCAAGAACGGGAAAGUUGUGGAACAAGGAUCGCACAAUGAGCUGAUUUCAAUGGGGCGCCGUGGAGAGUACUAUUCUUUGACAAAAUCGCAGGCCGGAAACUUCCCUCCGCGCUGAAUCGUUGAAAUUCU